UGAGAAGCCGAGUAGUGGACGAGUUGCUGCCGGACACACAGCGAGGAGACCCGGACAUAAUGACACUGGAGGAACUGACUGGGGAUCAGAGUAUGGGGAGGAUGGACGUUGUUGGAAACGCGUUGGAAGAAGUGCUCAGAAAGAGCAAAACGCAGAGAACCAUCACCAUCGGGGUGUACGAGGCGGCCAAACUACUCAACGUGGAUCCGGAUAACGUGGUCCUCUGCCUGCUGGCCGCAGAUGAAAAGGACGACCAGGACGUCGCUCUGCAGAUCCACUUCACCCUGAUCCAGGCGUUCUGCUGCGAGAACGACAUCAACAUCCUGCGGGUCGGUAACGUGAGCCGGCUGGCCGACAUCCUGGGCGGCGCGGACAAGCCGGGGGAACCGGCCGACCUGCAUUGCAUCCUGAUAAACAAUCCGCAUCCGCCGCCCUGCAAGGAUACAGCGCUCGGAAAAGUGAUCUGCUUUUGCAAGGAAAGCCGCUACGCGGAUCAAUGGGUUCCGGUGAUCAACCUCCCGGAGCGGUGAUAACAUUUGGGAUUCCGGAUCGGAAAUUUUUCCUGAACUUCUGAAAAUUAAAAAAAAAAAGGAAAAAAAUACUUUGCGGAGUUUAAAUGCAUAGCUUAAAAAAUAAAACCAAAAACUCUCCAGGGUAUAAAGUCUGCAGUGAAGAGACGAUCCUUAAAAUUAUUAACGAGCAAAGAAGAGACUCGGGAGUCCUGGUUCGUGGGCCGCGGACCACGAGCGAGUCGGAGAGGAGUGGGCGGCGGGACCCCCGGCGGACUGCAGAGCGUUCAGAGAAUCCUGCUGGGAGACUUUAGGGGGUUGGAAAAAAUAAUUCCUUUUGUACAGAAAGAAACCAGAAAAAAAAACACUUUGGAGGAAUAUUUCAGGUUUUUAUUAUAAUAUUUAAAGUUAACUGUUUGGUAAUUUAUUGCGUUAAUGUAACUUAUGAUUUGCCGAUACAUUGUUUCCUUAAGUUGGUACAAAAACUUUUUCUAUAGACCGAGGCGAGCGGAAACAAAACGUGUUACAUUCGGAAAAAUAAAAUAUUUAAAUGAG